GCUGCCAGCGCUUUCCGCCUCCCUCCUCAUCUGGAACCUUCACUCGAACCUUCACUGGAACCUUUCCCGGCGUUUCUGGCGGACCGCGGAGCAUCUCCUCUGGUCCACCAGCUUCAAGCCCCGAGACGCGCUGCUCCCCACCCCGCCCCGCUCUCCUCUCUCUGCUGCCCUCUAUCGGCACCGCCAGCUGGGCUGCGAAGGGCGCACGCGCGCUCACGCCGGCGUCCCCGAGCCGGCUUGCGCACCGAGUGCAUGCGCACCGAGUGCGUGCAGCUCUAAACACUCGAGAGGCAGGACAUGACACAAGGUGCACAUCCUGGCCAUGGGGUCCCGUCAUUCCACCUAUGCUCACCGGCCUUUCAGCAAGCGAAGGAAAGCAGAUGACACUGAGGAUUCUCUGGCCGAACGGGAGCAGCAGGAGGCUAUUGCUCAGUUCCCCUAUGUGGAAUUCACCGGGCGAGAUAGCGUUACCUGUCUCACGUGUCAGGGGACAGGCUACAUUCCAGAGCAAGUUAAUGAGUUGGUGGCUUUGAUCCCUCACAGCGAUCAGCGGUUGCGUCCUCAGAGAACGAAGCAGUAUGUCCUCCUCUCUAUCCUGCUCUGCCUCCUGGCGUCUGGUUUGGUGGUUUUCUUCCUGUUUCCACAUUCAGUCCUCGUGGAUGAUGAUGGCAUCAAAGUGGUGAAAGUCACAUUUGAUGAGCAGAGGUCCCUUGUCAUCCUCGCCAUCACGGCCACUCUGAAAAUUAGAAACUCCAACUUCUACUCUGUGGCAGUGACCAGCCUGUCCAGCGAGGUUCAGUACAUGAACACCGUGGUUGGGUCGUACACGACGACUAACAUCUCCCUCAUUCCGCCUCGGAGCGAACACUUGGUGAAUUUUACUGCGAAGGCCGAGAUGGGAGGACCAUAUUCCUAUGUGUACUUCUUCUGCACGCUACCCUAUAUUGGAGUGCACAACAUAGUGGUCUUCGUUCGAACUUCGGUGAAGAUUUCCUACAUUGGCCACGUGACCCAGAGCUCCUUGGAGACACAUCACUAUGUGGAUUGUGGAGUAAAUUCCACAGCAGUUUAGAAACUGCUCUCGGUUCUUCCAUGGCAGCACCUUUCAGAAGAGACACAGCUUCUCUUCCCAGGACCUGAGACCUGUACCUGCCCCAAGUGGUAGAACCAGAGGAGAAAUUGGUUCUCUCAAUCCCCAGCCACUUGGGAGGAAAAGUCCUCCCCUAGCACCAAUGACCUUUCUCAGAACCAGCAGGAUCACUGCCUAGCACCUAGCCGAUGCCAAGCAAAUAGUAGGCACUGGAAGAAGGUUUGACGAGUUUGAUUGAGAUCUUUUCAGCUGUUUGGGGGCAGGGGUGGCGUUAUAAAUUGAAAUCCUACCACGGUUCUAGGUUAUCAGACGAUACAAUGAUACAGAACUAGGGCCUCAGUGUAGCUGCAGAAGGGGCCUCCUCACAGAGGCAGCAGCAGGGAGGGAGCAUUUGAUACAUUGAAGAAAGCACAGAACGUUCAACAUGUGAAAGUUUUUCAUGUUUCCAAAUGCCUAGGAACUUUAUUUAAAAAAAGAAAAACAACUUUUUUUUUUUCUGUGGAAAGUUAAAAUUGUUUUUACUAAGAGUCUAUGUGGGGUGUAAUAUACCCUCCAUCCAUUGGCUGGAACAUGGAUUGGGGAAUUUGAUAACAAAUAAAUAAAUAAACCCUGCUUUUGAUUGA